ACUGUGCCGUCUUUGUGUUGACAUCUUCGGAGGACUGCGAGUGUUUGAAUGGAUAUUACCAGGUGCACGGAGAAAUGGGUAAAACAAGACAAGGAGAGGCCUCCAACAUCCUCCAUGAUGCUCUCUAGCAAGAAAUCAGAAGCUGGCUCCUCUUCCUCCUCCUCUUCAUCUACUGCGGGAGCAGCGGGUGGGGAUAGGGCCCCUGUUUCUGAUGCCCAGACUGGGCCGUCAGCCUCAGCUGCGGGCCCUAUGGAUGUAAAGAAAAAGGAGAGGUCAUCCCCUAGUGGGGAGCCUGGAGGAGCCCCCUUGCCUCACCAAGCAGGCCCUGGGGGGGCUGACCAAGACUCAGCUGAAGUUCGCAGAACAAGCCGUCGCAAGCGAGCAAAACAGGUGGAGUACCGCGAGAUGGACGAGAGCCUGGCUAAUCUAUCGGAGGACGAGUACUACUCUGAGGAGGAGAGGAAUGCCAAGGCAGAGAAAGAGAGGAAGCAGGUCAUCCCUCCACCAGCUCCACCACCAGAGGAAGAGAAUGACAGUGAACCAGAGGAGCCGUCUGGUGUGGAGGGAGCUGCUUUCCAGAGCCGUCUUCCUCAUGACCGUAUGACAUCCCAAGAGGCCGCCUGCUUCCCUGACAUCAUCAGCGGCCCCCAGCAGACUCAGAAGGUCUUCCUCUACAUCCGCAACCGUACACUCCAACUGUGGUUGGACAACCCUAAGAUCCAGCUGACCUUUGAGGCCACAGCGCAGCAGCUCGAAGCUCCAUACAACAGUGAUGCAGUGCUGGUCCAUAGGAUACACAGCUACUUAGAAAGGCACGGUCUCAUUAACUUUGGCAUUUACAAGAGGGUCAAGCCUUUACCAACUAAGAAGACUGGGAAGGUUAUCGUCAUUGGUGGAGGUGUGUCCGGGUUAGCUGCAGCCAGGCAGCUGCAGAGCUUCGGAAUGGAUGUUACAGUACUGGAGGCCAGGGACCGUGUUGGAGGCAGAGUGGCCACAUUUAGGAAGGGGAACUAUGUUGCUGAUCUCGGUGCCAUGGUGGUGACAGGACUGGGAGGGAAUCCCAUGGCAGUGAUCAGCAAGCAGGUUAACAUGGAGCUGGCCAAGAUAAAACAGAAGUGUCCACUCUAUGAAGCCAAUGGCCAGGCUGGUGAACGAUGCACGAGUGUGCCAAAAGAAAAAGACGAGAUGGUGGAGCAGGAGUUCAACAGAUUGCUGGAGGCCACCUCCUUCCUCAGCCACCAGCUGGACUUUAACUUCCUCAACAACAAACCUGUUUCUCUGGGUCAGGCCCUGGAGGUGGUUAUACAGUUGCAGGAAAAGCAUGUGAAAGAUGAGCAGAUAGAGCACUGGAAGAAGAUUGUGAAGACUCAGGAAGAACUCAGGGAUCUUCUCAACAAGAUGGUGACCACUAAGGAGCGGGUGAAGGAGCUCCAUCAGCAGUAUAAAGAAGCCAGUGAAGUCAAACCACCCAGAGAUAUCACAGCUGAGUUCCUGGUGAAGAGCAAGCACCGCGACCUUACCGCGCUCUGCAAAGAGUAUGAUGAGUUGGUGGAGAUGCAGGUCAAGCUGGAGGAGAAGCUGCAGGAGCUGGAGGCCAAUCCACCCAGUGAUGUUUACCUGUCAUCCAGGGAUCGGCAGAUCCUCGACUGGCACUUUGCCAACUUGGAGUUUGCCAACGCUACACCCCUCUCCACCCUUUCACUCAAGCAUUGGGAUCAGGAUGAUGACUUUGAGUUCACUGGCAGCCACCUGACAGUAAGAAAUGGUUACUCUUGUGUCCCCGUGGCCCUGGCUGAAGGCUUAGACAUCAAACUAAACACAGCGGUGCGGCAGGUCCGGUACACAGCCUCUGGCUGCGAGGUGAUCGCAGUCAACACUCGGUCCACGACCCAGACCUUCAUAUACAAGUGUGACGCCGUGCUGUGCACCCUUCCUCUCGGCGUGUUGAAGCAGCAGCCCCCCGCUGUGCAGUUUGUUCCUCCGCUGCCUGAGUGGAAGACGUCUGCUAUACAGAGAAUGGGCUUUGGCAACCUCAACAAGGUGGUGCUGUGUUUUGACCGCGUCUUCUGGGAUCCCAGUGUCAACCUGUUUGGUCACGUCGGCUCCACCACAGCAAGUCGGGGCGAACUUUUCCUCUUCUGGAACCUCUACAAAGCCCCGAUCCUACUUGCUCUGAUGGCAGGUGAGGCCGCUGGCAUCAUGGAGAACAUCAGUGAUGACGUGAUUGUCGGACGCUGCCUGGCCAUUCUCAAAGGAAUAUUUGGAAGUAGCGCUGUACCACAGCCAAAGGAGACUGUGGUCACUCGUUGGCGUGCGGACCCCUGGGCACGGGGCUCCUACUCAUAUGUUGCGGCAGGUUCUUCGGGUAACGACUACGACCUGAUGGCGCAGCCUAUCACGCCUGGACCUGCUAUACCGGGAGCCUCACAGCCCGUCCCUCGUCUCUUCUUCUCCGGGGAGCACACGAUCAGGAAUUACCCCGCUACAGUUCACGGCGCGCUGCUCAGCGGGCUGCGCGAGGCCGGACGCAUCGCAGACCAGUUCCUGGGUGCCAUGUACACACUUCCCCGACAGGCCACUCCCACGGCUGCCAGCAACCCUCAGCAGGCUCAGCCCACCCCCAGCGUCUGAAAUUGACUCUCUGAGUUCCUGUAGAAAAUAUAAAAGUUUACCGAUAAACUCUGACAUUUCUGUUCGUCAAAGGAAGUCCCUGCAACACUUUGCAUCAUCGCCUUUACUCAAGUAAUUACAGAAAAUUUGUAUCCUGGCUUUAGGUAUGAUGUUUAACGUGAUUGCUCAACUGAAGCAUUUCGGUUCCUCGGACUUGUUUUUGUGACUGUUUACAUUUCCAGCAAAAUAAAGAGACAUGUGUAACCUACUACAGAGACUCGGGCUACGAUCAAGAGUUUAAAAUCCCAUUUUGUUACAUAGUAAUCUAAUCAUUUAUGUGUGAUUUACCGGUCAUAAAAAUCAGAAGCAUGGCAUUAUAUUCAAAGCGAUUCAGUGUGUUUGAUUUCUUUUUGAGCAUGUCUGCAAACAUCUAUUUAUGUGCCCUCGCCUGAAUCCUAAAUGUGUACACACAACCCAGAGCCAGAUAUAUUGUAAGACAGAUGACCAACUCAGUAGCAUUGUUUCAAACUCAAGGCCUUGUCUUGGUUGUCUUCAAGUCUUAACACAUAGCUAUGUACUGUAGCUGUAUGCCUCCUAAAUUUACUCUCUAUCAUUUAGGUUGCAGAGUGUAGUGAAUAUAGUUUGUAUUAAAAGCUGAAAAAAAUGGCGGAUAUGUUGAAAGAUUUGUGAAUGUUUUUUGUUGCCAUAGCAGUUUAAGUAUUUUAUUAUGGUUGUCAUCACAUACUUUUUUAUAUUGUUGAUUGUUUUGUUAUUAAAAGAAGACAAACUGUA